UUACGCGUAUCGUUGGGCUCCCGACGUAAUUUUCCUAUUGUCUAGUGUGACGAUUUUGUUUUCGUUGUAGGGAUGGACAACUACACGUCUCUCGCUCUGACUGUCCACAGAACAGACGACGAUCCUGUCACUUGGAACAGCGUUUUGCGUUUGGUGGUAUUGACUUUGGUAUCCACGUGCGGUAGCAUCGGAGGUAUAUUCGUCAUAAGUGGAGUGGUGGUGGUGGAACCCCUUCAGACACGCGGCAACAUCUACCUUGUCAACUUCGCCCUCGGACACUUGCUGGUGACAGCCCUGGUGCUGCCGUCGUACUGCGUCGCCAUCUUGGCCGGGAUUCCCAACGAGAGUACUUUCUGCACGUUUCAAUGGCUGACCACGUCUGUAUGUUUUAUAGUGUCCGUCCUGUCCGCCAUGUUCGUGUCCAUCGACAAUUUCCUGGGGCUGGGGCAGGUGGUGACUUACAACGUCUGCUGCACAAAAGGUAAAAUCAUCUUUUCCGUUUUCUUCAGCUGGAUGGCCGCUAUCGGAUUCGCCGUGGGCCAACACGUCAUGGAAUACGGACCCGUUCUCUGUCAGCUGACUAACAACCCGCGCGAAUUGACGUGGUUACCGUAUCAGAUCGCCAUGGGCUGUUUUUUGAUAUUGUUGCCGCUGCUACUGUGCAUCUGGUACUUCACGCGCUCCGUCAUAAAACUGAAGAGUUUCAAGCAAGAAAUGACACAGCUGGACAACCCGAUGGCUUACGUCCUGACCGACGAGCACCUCCUAAGAAGCAAUAUCGUCAUAUUCAUCCUGAUGCUGCUGAUGUGGAUGCCUCUAGUUGUGUCUUCUGCAAUUAACGUCGUCAUGCCGAUCGAUAUCAAUUUAAUCAGCACGUCCUGGUGGGUGGCCGUCACCAAUUCCUGUAUUUACAGUUACGUGUACGCGGCAACCAAUAAGGAAUUUCGAGAGGCAUUCAAUAAGCUCUUCUAUUACUGCUGCUGUAAGAGUCACAUAACGAUUUCCAGACGUCAGAGAGACAUGCACAGAAGCGGCAACGGGAUCGGCCUGAGAGUACAUAUCAUUCCCAGUCUCAACAUUUAUGCACAAAGAAAAGAAAACUUCAAAGAGUCCAAAUCUCCUUACGAUCUCUAAAACACAGAGCCAUCGAGUGUGCCUUGAGCAAUAAAGGAUUCCAGAAACGAAACUGAAUUUCACACUUAAAAUCAAAAGCGCUUAGUGUUUAAGGUGCAUACGGUAUUUUUAUUUAUUUAUUUAUUUAUGUGGAAACAAUAUAUGCAAGACAGGUCAUAUAAUUCUUUACGGAAAUCUUACGCUAGUAGUCGAGCCCAUCAUAAACACACGACGUUUUCGAAAAUUUGGCAACUUUUAGUGCCAUCCUCUCUAACUUCUGAAAUAUUCCUUUCCAAUUCGUUAUAAAUGAUAGAAAAAAAACUAUCACACUGCCCUUAAGACUGUUAACGUUGGAGCUAAUUUUGCAAAUCGAUUAAAUGUGGGAAAUUAUUUAAAAAAAAAUAAUUAAUUAAUAAUAAUCAUCAAAAUAUUUUAUUAAAAAAAAAGAGGAGGGGGGAAAACAUUUUUUUAAACUCAGAAUAUUCCAUCCAGAUUGUUAAAUAGCAGUUAUCAUUAAAUAUAUCCUAUAUUAUCUCAUAUCUAUCAAUACAUAUACACAAACACAUGAAAGAAAAUUGAAUAGUCAUUGUUGACUUUCUGAAUAAUAUCUACAAAAGUGAAUAAAUAAAUAUUUAUAAAUUAUUUUAAUAAAUGUAUAGUCUAUAAAGUGAAGAUGGUAAUUUAGUAGAAACAACAACAACAAAAAAAGAGAAGAACAAUUUUCAUAAAAGAUUUCAAUUUCGAAGUGUAGCCGGUGAUAGUUUCCUGAUUUCAUAAUGUGUAAUAUUCUAUGCUUAUUUGUGUAUGAACUGAACAUACAAAACUGUUAUAAAUACUUCUUUUUUUGAUUUAAUAAAAUUUACAGAUAUUACAGUCUGA